AUGACAGACAUUUUAGCUCAUGUUUUUAGGACCUUUAUGUCACAAACUGACCCGAGGAAGGAGCCCGACGUCCCUCCUCCUGCAGCCUGCAGCACACUGCUGGUCGGAGAGCGGAGCACCAGCCGCUCCCUGCUGCUGCUGGCGGCCGUGACAGCAGCCUCACAGAUGGACAUGAGAGUCAUGUUCUUCACCCAAACACAGAUUCAAAGCCUGCCAGUGUCUCUACAGAAAUGCUUUCCCAGCCUGAGCCCAGAAAGUCUAAAGAAAAUCAAGUUUUCCUAUCCUAGGACAUUGGAGGAGCUGCUCCAGCAGGUGGCCGGCCUUCACGAGUCCACCAACACGUCUCCCACACCUCCAUCACUGAUCAUAGUUGACAGGCUGGAGGGCUUCCUGUUUGCUCCUGCAGCCGACAGCCACAGUGGAUCUCACCCAGGAGAGCGGUCCUGCGCUGCACAUCUGUCUGCACUGUUGUGCGACACAGCUGCCUUUCUCACACAAGUCCUGCAGCAACGGGCAUCGAGCUCAGCCCCCUGCCGUGUCAUCGCUUCUUUUCAGCCAGAAAGGGACACUGGGAAAGACGGUGGGGGGCCGUCUGCCACGGAUCCUAUCCUUGAUGUCCUUGAUCGCUAUUUCAUGGUAAGAUGUACUCUGGACCAAGACAGAAGCUAUGAAGCUACAGCAGCUGGACUGCAGGAAAUGUGGCACAUUUACCUUUCUGGGACGGGCAUCAGAGAGGACUCUUGUACCAAAGACUGUGAGGACAAGCCAGGUGUAGCCCAAGAGUGGCAGCUAUUCAUUUUUCCUGAUGGCUUAAUGGAAUUUAAGUUGGUCUGAAAUUGACUUUAGAAAUGGGUGAUUAGUUGACAGCCAAUUUGUUCACUCUGAGUAGUUUUGUUGAGAGAAAUCUUCAUUCUCAGCAUCGCCAAGCUUUAAAUUUAAGCAGUUAGGCAUUUCAAGUGAAAAUAAGAUCUAGGACAGUGUGACAGGCUUUGGUCAUGGUUACACUUCAUUCUCUUGAAUGAAUGAAGUUGAGUAGAUCCUUUUUUUUAUGAACAAAAUAAUAUUUUCUGCCAUAUCAUUCCAUUAAGUUAGCAGAGCCUCUGCUUUAAGUUCAUGUGAUAAAACUUAAAUCUCUCACAAUACCUUGUUGCCUUAUCACUGAUACUGUAUAGCAUGUUGUAAUCUGCCGUUCACCCUUUCAGAUAUCAGUUAACAGGACCACGAUCAUUGUACAUGUAUGACAUUUAAUGAGUUUAAAUUUUAAAUGACAUAAAGUUACUCAAACAUAAGAAUAAAAUAUUACACUGACCAAAUGUACAUAGACCUUGAAGAAUGUGAUCAUCUUAAACUGAACAAUGGUUCCCUCCCAAAUGGGACCCCUUUAAAUCAAAGUGAAGUCUACUUGUGGCCAUUUAUCACAAGUUGUUUGUACCUUUUAAGUUUUAAACAGUUAAACCAAAAGGUGAUUUUUGUCCUUCUCAGAUUGUAGAUUGAAUUGAUUUAAAUAUUUUUAGAGACCUGAAGAAGUAAAACCAUAAAGUAACUAUUCAGUAUAAGUAAAAUUAUUUCACAAGAAGAAAUCCAAAAAAGACAGUUCUAAUAAACAUGUUUUGAAUGGUAUAUUAAUGUUGUUCUUUUUUUUCUUCUUUCUUAUACCCUUUAAUCAUCUUGUGACCCAUCAGGUUGGGAACCACUGGAGCAAUAUACAUGUGUGACAUGUGGCUGAUAUCACAUUUAGAGUAUUUCAUAAAUCUGAAAAAAUAUAGAAAAUGUCAAUUUUUAAAAAUAAACAAUGUCAUUAUCAAAAGAAAAUAUUCUUUUAAAUGUUUCUGAAAAUGAAAAACAUGGGAAAAACUCAUAAGUAAGCUACUAAUGAGGAAAUACACACUAAAAUAUUCAUCCUAAGAAGGAGAUAUCCACCAUUUGAGUGGAGAGAUAACAAAGAUAGCACAUUAAACAUCAGUUUCCCUUUUGUGUCUUACUCUGCCACAAUACAAAUUUUAAAAAUAUAAGUCAACAGUGUAAAUAAAUGUAAUUAUAAACUUCUAUUAUAAUGCACUUAAUCAUACUUAAGCCACAAAAGUAAACAUGAAAAAACAUAUGGAAAUGUUCAGUUUGAUUUCAGAACUGCAAUGACUAUAAAUGUCAAGGUUAAGACAUGCUCUGCUCUUGGGAUGGCAGUAGUGACUAAAAAUAACUUCAACAUGACGAGAAAGAGACUUAUUAACAGCUACAGUUACCUGAGAAUGAAUACUGCCUUAAAACCUUCCUGCACAGCCUACAGUAGAAGUAUUCUUAUUUCAUUUGUUCCAGGAUACUGUGUUUGGAAAAUGGCAACAACUUACCAGUUUGAAUGUUCUCUGAAACAACUGUGAUAAAACACAAAAUUCCUCAUAUUAUUAUUUACAAAUACAGUGAGUUUCUUCGGAUUUAGAAAUGACACUGACAUAAUGGCUGUGGGGUUCAAGUGAACACUUUGUGAUUUAAAUUUGAGGGUUUUUUUAAAAGUAUAUGGCUGGAA